UGCCGUUCUCUGUGUUCUUGCAUAUUAUAAACUAAUUUGUGGAGAAACCAACAAGUUGAUCAUCUAACUAUUCAUGCAAGUAACGUGAAUAGGCCUCAUGGCUAUAUCAGUUGUGUGCAUAAUAGCAUUUAAGAUGCGUUUGGGCAAUUUUCAAGUAGAUUAGCCAAAUAAGUUUGCCGAAAUGUGUCAAAAAUCUAAUUUCAAAUCCAGGAAUAUAAACAUAGUAACUAAUGCGCUGUAUUUAUGUGUGUUUCUACCCUAGAGUAUGUCUGUGAGAAAUAAAGAAGCUACUUUGAUAGACCUUGUGUUGUGUGUGCGUUUGACACGUGUCCCACUGCCGUACCGCCCGCUACAUGGAGCACCACAUGCUGGGCCGGAAGCCUCUCAUGCUCUCCACCGUCAAGCCCAGGCUGAUUUACUCCCUCUUCCUGAGGCCAUCCCUCAUGAGGGAAAUGUGAGACACAUCAGUAUACUCUCGGAUGGUGAUACACCAACCAUUAAUAAAUGCACCAACCGUGAACUUUUCCACUGUCCCUUCUGCAAAUACGUGGGUGCAAAAUAUAUGGUUGACAACCAUAUAAAAGGCCAUUCUUCAGUAAAACAUGAAGGGUUCACAAUGAUCAAGUGUGGAUUAAGUUGUCGGACGGCAACGCAUUUUCAUUGUUGCUAUUGUACAGCAACAAUUAUAAAUCGAUUGCAAUUUACAAAGCACUUACUAAUACACCAGGGGGAGGGGCAUGCUGCAGCCCCCGCACAGCACUCUGUGGCCCCUGUGCAGCAGUCUGUGGCCCCCGCUCAUCACCCAUUGGUCCCCGCUCAGUACCAAGAGGCCGCCGCUCAUCACCCAUUGGCCCCCCCCGCUCAGCACCCAUUGGCCCCCACUCAGCACCCAGCGGCCCCUACUCAUCACCCAUUGGCCCCCACUCAACACCCAUUGGCCCCCGCUCAGCCCCCAUUGCCCCCCCCCGCUCAGCACCCAUUGGCCCCAACUCAUCACCCAGAGGCCCCCACUCAUCACCCAGAGGCCCCCACUCAUCACCCAGAGGCCCCCACUCACCACCCAGAGGCCCCCACUCAUCACCCAGAGGCCCCCACUCAUCACCCAGAGGCCCCCACUCACCACCCAGAGGCCCCCACUCAUCACCCAGAGGCCCCCACUCAUCACCCAGAGGCCCCCACUCAUCACCCAGAGGCCCCCACUCAUCACCCAGAGGCCCCCACUCACCACACACAGGCUCCUGCAGAGUGUUCCGCGGCCACUAAAGCAUCUAGUAAACAAAAUAAACUCUGUUGUCCUCAUUGCAAGAUGAUUUUAAGCAAAAAAAACUUCAAAACACACUGCAGGAGAAAACACCCCCACCAAUUUGAGACGGACACUUGGCGUGAAUGAUGUCAAGGGUCUGAAGAUGACAGAUUUCUGGACAGAAAAAGAUCAAGGUUGUAGAGGUGGUUUUGCAGUAAUUUCUCCAUUUAAAAUCAGCUAGUGAUCUUUUUUACAUCUUGCAUUGCUAUUGUGCCUAUAAGAACCACAAUCUGUUUCCUUUCUAGAGGAAGCUGAGUACUUGACAGAACUGGGAACAGGGUAUGUUUCUCCAACCUUUAAUAGGGCCCGAGCACCAUGAAAGGUAACAUAUUUGAUCAUACCACCAGGAGCGCGAAAUACCUUGAUACUUGCCAUUGUAAAACAAUUAUGGAAGCUUAAGGAAUGUACUUGACUAGGCAAUUACAUCUAUCUUUUUUCUCUUUACAGAUCAAACAUGUUCAAUGAUUCAAAGUCUGCUGUCACUGGUUUAUUUGACUAAGCUAAUAUAGUUGAUUGUACAAAAUAACAUGUCUAUGUAUAUAUUGUUUGUCACUCUCAGGUAAAUGCUAUGGUGUAUAUCUUUUUUAUCAUUAUAGGCAGCAUGAAUGAAAUAAUGCACAGUAAAAAAACAUUUGACAAGUUAAA